AUGCAUGAACUGCUUCUGUUCGCGUCCAUCCCGGCGCACCAGCACCAUGAUUUGCUCCAGCAGCUGGCCGGUCUGACGGCCAUGCAGCCCCGUUAUCGGCUGGAGAGACGUCUGCUGUUCAAGGCAUAUCGAAAGCCGGGUUACGUGAACACCCGUAUUGGGGGCAGUCAGGACCUGCAAUCGUCGGAGAUGCAGCGCCUGACCAAGAUGCUCAAUGGCGGCAUGUACUACACCCAGGUUGUCGGACCGGUGCACGAAAGCGACUUUGGUUCCACCCCUCCGCCAUUGAUGGGUCCAGAUGCCCCGGAUCUCGGGCCAGAUGGGAAGCAGACGGCCGAUCUGGAGUACGACUUUGACGAGCAGCCGUGGAGGCUCGAGUUCAGGGAUAUCCCCGAAGCGGGGACACGCUCCGCCGUCACCUCGCGAGUCAUGUCCAACGCAACUCUUCCGCGGGGAGAUGUGAUCCUGCCCAUGAGCGCCUGGGGUUACAGCUUUGUAACCGAGUAUGUUCUGGAAGGGCAUGUCUUUGUCUACAACGAUAUUGUCAUCUUCAUGCAUCGCGUGCUGAACUUCCCCGACGAUGGUCAGGACACCAGAUCGCCGAGGCGGCGGCUGCCUCCUCUCAAAGACAUGACGCCGCUGGAUAAAAGUGGCGGUUAUGUGCUCCAGGCCGCCAUCACCGUCCAGGACGGUGCCAAUCCGGAGACCAUGAAGAUGGCGUCGCAGCACCUCUUCGGACUGCGAGAACAGCUCAAAUCCGUAGUUCGCUUGGAGCAAGCAGAUCGACUGGCACUAGACACGCGAGUAAAAUAG